CGGGUUGCCAAGAGAACCUAAACGUUGGCCUGAUUGCUCAGAUGGAUUUAAAACCUCAGGCUUCUUGGCACUUCGACGUCACGAAGGUCUGUAAGAGCCCUGCUAACUCCCUGCCUGAUGUCCCAAGCUAGAGGGUUUUUUAGCUCAUUCAAAUCAUACGACUCACAUGGUUCCUGAUAAUUCCCUUUCUAAGCUUCCCCUGUGAGAUCAUGGCUAGGGAAACGAGGACCUGAAAUACCUCGUGUGUGAGGCUCUGAGCUAUCAGCAUGCUGACAUUUUGCGAUUUCAACAACUAAAGAGACCAUGUCAGCCCAGUCCAGAUCUGGUUCCCUAAAGUCACAGCUGGAUUCUUUGCUACAAGCCUCUGGCAAAACAUAAGCCCAGAAAAGAUCAAACAAAUCAAAGGGCUUCCACUUCAGGGCUUUUCGACUUGGAAAGCUUCACUAUCGCGUUUCAAGCAACUUCAUUCAGCUGGCCCCAAGAUGAGAGUCUCCCCACCGAUGCCCUGGCCUGCCAGCCUGGGCUCUUUGUUUCUUUUUUCCGUCUGGUUCCACCAAGCCGCCGCAGUGAAGGAACUGAAGUUUGUCAUACUAAUAUUUCGACAUGGUGAUAGAAGUCCCAUCGAAACAUUUCCUAUGGAUCCUCACAAGGAGUCUGCUUGGCCACAGGGAUUUGGGCAGCUUACUCAGCUUGGCAUGGAACAACAGUAUGAACUUGGACAGUUUUUACAUAAAACAUACUCACACUUUCUGAAUGAUUCUUAUAACCGGAAUCAGGUUUAUGUUCGCAGCACAGAUAUUGACCGGACCUUGAUGAGUGCCAUGACCAAUCUUGCUGCUCUCUUUCCACCAAAGGGAACCAGUGUUUGGAAUCCCCAAAUCCCCUGGCAACCCAUCCCAGUCCACACAAUACCAGUGUCCGAAGAUCAGUUGCUGUACCUUCCUUUUCUAAAAUGCCCUCGUUUUAAAGAACUUGAGAAAGAAACUUUGGAGUCGGAGGAUUUCCAGAACAGGCUCAAACCCUACAAGGAGUUCCUAAAAGAGUUACCAAAGCAGUCAGGAUUCACAGGUGACAACCUUUUUGAAAUCUGGAGUAAAAUCUAUGAUCCUUUAUUUUGUGAGAGUAUUCACAACUUCACUUUACCUACCUGGGCCACUGAGGACACUAUGACCAAGUUGAAAGAGCUGUCAGAAUUGUCCCUAAUGUCAACCUUUGGAAUUUACAAGCAAAAAGAAAAAUCUCGACUUCAGGGAGGUGUCCUGGUGAAUGACAUCCUCACACAUAUCAAGAAUUCCACAGAACCCACCAACCAGAGAAAACUUGUCAUCUAUUCUGCACAUGACACUACCAUUGCUGGUCUCCAAGUGGCACUCGAUGUUUUUAAUGGAAAACUCCCUCCUUAUGCCUCCUGCCACAUCUUUGAAGUCCAUCUCGAGAAUGGGAAGUACAACAUUGAAAUGUAUUAUCGGAACAACUCUUGGAAUGACCCUUACCCACUCACGCUGCCAGGCUGCACCCAUAGCUGCCCAGUGACAAAGUUUGCUGAGCUGGUCUCUCCUGUGAUAACACAAGAUUGGUCAGAGGAGUGUAUGACCACAAAGGCUUACAAAGAUCUAAGGAUAACCCUUGCUGUUACCUUUUGCCUAUUGUCCGGCCUUUUGAUGGUGUUGCUGUUUCUCCUGUUGCGAUUUGGACCUUGCAGGCAGAGGGACUGCUAUCAGAACAUUUAAAUGGAGGUUCAAGCGAGGAGUGAAAAGCUGUGAAAGACUUGAUGCAGUGAUGUGAAUGUCUGUGUUACGACCCUCAAAUGGCUUUCAUCCUUUGUAGCUCUUCUGUCCAAACCCAUCCUUGAACCUGUUGUAGUAAUGAAUUAGAGCAAUUACAUCAGCCGCAACUAGGCUGACCUAUUAGUGCACACCUAUGAUACACAGGCCAUUUCAGGAACAAACUCAUAUUAGAGCACUUAUGCUGGUAAAUGAAUUUUGGCUAGUCAGAGGUUGAUUUCUUCCAGAAUCUUCAGCGGUUUAGCAAACGGGUGCUUGGCUCUCGGGGUUGGGCCUCUGCUACUAAGGCUAGGGAAGAGUAAGAAAGGAAGCUAACUUUACAUCCUUAUUUUUUUCUAUAAAGGAUAUAAAGAUGUGAGGGGGGCCAAAGGGAAAACUUAAAAGAGCCAGAGGGUUGCUUCUGCAGUAGAUUGUUUGAAAGAAAUAAGAUCAAGCCAUCAAUAAAGGGAGCAAGAAAUAGAUGGAAGAUUUUCCUCUGACCAAGCUGGAGUUAUAACAUACCCAGAAGAAUACUAACUUUGAGUUUCAUCAUCCGUGUUUCUCUUCUGACCUAGAUGUUAUUUAUAACCUCAACAAACUUGAAGCAUUAGCCAUGUUUGUUUCUCGAGUUUUUGUCUUAAUUAUGUACAAUACUUAGAGCUGGUCAGCUGUAAAAGUAUGCAUUCUUAACUCUUUUUCACUGAAGAGAAGAGUGAAAGAACUCUAUUCCCCAUAAUUUAUAGAAGUGGGUUUUCUUCGUCCCAUUUUCCAUUCUUCCUCCUUCAAUCUUCCUAUCUAACUAUAGAAAAAAGAAAGCCCUCCGAAUCCAAUUUAGACUCCCAAAGCUAAAAAUUGGACCUGUCACGAGUUGUUUCCUUCAAAGUUCAAUGGAGCUAGUCUGUUGACAAAUUCGGUAAUUAUAUUUCAAGGCUCAAAGCUGAAUGAAAAACUAACAGUGACAAAUGAUGUAUAGCAAUAGAGCAGAGAGCACACGUACAUACUAAAAAAAUUAUCCAUGUAGAAACAAUCGCACAGCUUCAAAAAAGAAGGUCCAAUCUCUCUAAAUGUGAAUUCUCUCUGCUGAUAAGUGACUCUUUUCAGAUAUGGCAAAAAUGAUAAAUCCAGUUGUCAGAAUGAUCAAUCCUUAGAAGAUAUUUCCAACAUUUAAGUAACCUUCACUAAGAGUUGUACCUAUUGGCUUUUGGACAACUACUGACAUGGGCCUGAAUGAGACGAAAUACUACAGUGGCCAAGUCACCAUGUCAGUAUGCAGAGAUAGAUAGAUUUAAUAUGCGGAUAAGCAAUCUAAAAUAAAAAUAUUAGUUAUCAUGUAUAGCAAAAGAACAAGUGCACAAAUCCAUUUUGAUGGAAAGUGACAUUAUGUGAUGACCCGUAUACCUACACGGUGCCUUUGGAAAGUUUGAGUUUUCUAGGAAGUCAUUUCACUGGAGUAAGUUGACCUGAAAAACUUGAACUACAUAACUGCUCUCCACUUUCUUCAAACACCAAUUCUUUAUUUUCAUUUUCCCUCCAAGUAAGUCUCUGUUCUUUCACACCCUCCUCUAUCCCCAACUUUGUGCCUUCCUUCAUGCGGAUAAGGUUUCUUGAUUAAUGUAAGCCUAAUGGCCUCAAUCUCUCUUCUUUCAAAUUCUCUCUGCCAAAUCCUCUCUGAGGUUAUUGAUCAGCAUUAAUGUGCUUACAUUACAUUUUGACUGUUGGCUAUAUUCUAUCUUGAUGUCACUGGUUGAUUGCCUCUCUGUUAUUCGUUUCUGAUUGUAAAGUACCACAUGUAGCUAUAGAAUUGUAGAAAUAAAAUAGUAUCUUUCACUGUGUAUCUUUCUGGUAGAAUGGAUAUAAAGGCUCCAGGGUUGGAACAAGCUUUGGUAAGUGCUGCCAUUCCAACAAGGGAUAAAGGACGCCUACCCCAAGAACAUCCUGGGCUUCCUAAAAUCCAGGAUUCCCAAUGCAGCCACACCAUCUGAUCUGACAAGUGUUUGCCCCAAAUAGGUGUCCCUUCAUUUAGAGAAAGCUCUUCCUUAAAACAAACACCAACUGGGUUUAUUGGCCCUCCACAGCCUCUACAGAAAUAAGUUGGAAAUGUUUUAAAUAAGAUGGAGAUAAAUUAAUUGCAGUGGAUUUUGUAGUGGCUGAAAAUUGGAAACCUGUGACCCCAGACCUAGACCAGAAGUGAGCAAUCAUUUUUGCUUUAAGUUUGCCAUGCCGGUGGAUGCCACAGGUUGGUCAAGGAACACAAGAAAAGGAUAAGGAACAAAAAGCAAGAGUAAAGGGAAGGAGUCAGUAAGUUAAAAACAAAAAGUGAGAUAGACACCAAAAAUUGCUUCUAGAGAUAAUGAUUGUUGGAACCUACUUUAGAGUUGCUAUUUAACUCCUUAAGCAAGUGAUUUAACCUCUGUCUCACCAGUGAGUUUCUUCACCCGUUAAGCAGUUCCAGCUCACAGGGAAAGACUAAAGAAUCACUAUCAUUUCAUAGAAGGGGCAAUGAUGCUUCGGAGGAAACGUUUUCAGCUAAGUAAACUGAGUCUUAGAACAUUUCUAAAACUUACUCAAGGUCAGUGUAAUUUUUGCUUCAGGCUAUAGAUCAUUAUACAUUCCUAGGAACCAAAGGGUGUGAAUUUCACUUGAGAAAGUUACACUAAUUAUCCUAAAGUAUUCAGUAUUAAACUAAACACAACACAUCCCAAUUACGCAUGAUAAUAUUUUGAAUUUCCUUCUGUGAGAGAGCUGAGCAGAUUGAAUUAGCUCUGUACCUGUUCUCUGAAAGAUUUUUUUUUUUUACAUCCUUUCAUCUCCAUCAAUACUACUAUUUCAUUUAGCCAUGCAAUAUGGAGACUUGAAGUCUCAUCAAACUGUAACUUUGAUGAAAAAUUGUUUUUGGGGGGCCCAAACUAUGUAGUCAGGAAUACUGUGUUGAAAUUACUACAUUUCAGAAAAACAUUUGAGACUGUGAGCUUAUUACCAAUUGCAAUAAUAAAUGUGAUGCUGUAAAAUUACAAUUCAUUAAAAGUGGAAAGAGGAAUUCUAGGAUGAAGUUACUGUAAGAUAUUUCAUAUGAGUGUGGAUACAUUAUAAGAAAAAUUUAAUAAAGAUUUUUCACACCAUUAA